CGGUUUCCGGUAGGCAAGGAGCAUGUUUUACAAACAUGGCAGCUAUCGGAGUACACUUUGGAUACACAUGCGCUUGUGUUGCAAUAUUCAAGGAUGGGCGAGCAGAUGUGGUGGCCAACGAUGCAGGAGACAGAGUCACGCCCGCCGUGGUGGCGUACAGAGACACUGAGCAGAUUGUUGGUAUUGCAGCAAAGCAGGGACGAAUCCGCAAUGCAGCCAACACUGUGGUGAAAGUCAAACAGAUUCUCGGCAGACGCUAUGAUGACCCAGCAGCUCAGGUUCACAGAGAAGAAAGCAAAUGCUUGGUUGUCAACAAAGGUGACUUGCCCAUGUAUGAACUCGACAUAGACGACACAACUAAGUACGUGUCCCCUGAAGAGGUAGCCAAAUUAAUCUUCCACAAAAUGAAAGAGACAGCUCAGUCCGCUCUGGGUUCUGAUGUUAAAGACGCCGUCAUCACUGUGCCUUUCGAGUUUGGGGAAAUGCAGAAAAACGCACUGAGGAAUGCAGCGGAGAAAGCUGGGUUCAACGUUCUCCGGUUGAUCCACGAGCCGUCCGCUGCCCUUCUGGCUUACGGCAUCGGCCAGGACUGCCCAUCCGGAAAGAGCCAUGUUCUGGUUUACAAGCUUGGCGGCACGUCGCUGAGUGUGACGGCUCUGGAGGUGAACAGUGGGAUGUACCGUGCACUUGCCACGCACACUGACCACAGCACUGGGGGAGAAAGCUUCACACACGCCCUGGCACAGUAUCUGGCUGCUGAGUUCAAAAAGUUGUAUAAGCACGAUGUGAGCAGUAACCCCAGGGCGAUGAUGAAACUGAUGAACAGUGCUGAUGUAGCCAAACACACCCUCUCUACCCUGGGCGGUGCCAACUGCUUUGUGGACUCACUCUACGAUGGCAUGGAUUUUGAGUGUAACGUAUCCAGAGCACGCUUUGAGCUGAUCUGCUCCAACCUUUUCAAUAAAAGCAUUCAACCAAUCAAAAGCCUCCUAGAGCAAGUCAACCUUUCCACUUCAGAUGUCAACACGGUGGUCCUGAGUGGAGGCUCGGCGCGGAUUCCCAAGCUACAGCAGAUGAUCCGAGAUCUGUUCCAGGACGUGGAGCUGCUCUGCUCUGUCCCCCCGGAUGAGGUGAUUCCGGUCGGGGCAGCCAUGCAGGCUGGCAUCCUGGUGGGCAAGGAGAGUCUGGUCCUGGGCGAGGAUUCCAUCACUGUGGACUGUUGCGCCAGUGACGUCCUCGUCAAGGAGGUGGACGACUCCGGAACGGACGUUUUCACGGUCCUGUUUCCAUCUGGCACGCCUCUUCCUGCCCGGCGCCAGCACACGCUGCGGGGUCCAGGCAGCAUGGCGUCGGUGUGUCUGGAGCUGUACCAGGCGCAGAACCCCCUAGCACAGGUAAUUCUUAGGGAUCUGGAACCUGUCGAGGAGGCACGUGUUGUCGUCGCAGUGUUGACGAUGAAAAGGGAUGGCUCACUACAUGUUACCUGUACAGAACAAAGUAGCGGCAGAUCAGAGGCUGUUACCAUAGAAACAGCUGCAGCAGCAUCAUAGAACUCCCUAAUGUCCAUUUACUAUAGUAACUUCUCAACAUUUGUAAUGUGAGUUUCCAUAAUUAUGCUUGACUUAAUCAGCUUUGACAUUAAAAUAAAAGCUUUUACAAAUUAA